GACCCCGUCACUAGAGCUGCCGACACCCUGCAAUUUGGAAUAAGAAUAGCCAUGGAGUUAUAUUCCAUCCAGUGCCAAUCCGUGGCUGCGUUUAGAUUAUAAAUCUCCCUUCUCUUGCGGCUGUGACGAAGUCGACGUGGGCUCCAGGCAUUGGCUGGCUGCACUGCACAGCCGCCGACCUUAAUCAUUGCCCCGCCUGCAGGAUGAGGGGAAGAAGCAGAUGGUGAGACGACAGGGUCAAGGAUUGGGUACAUUAAGAGGUCACUGACCACUUCUGAGAUGGAGAUUAAGUGGAAGUGAGUGUUGAGAGUAGAUUUUGUUGCCAUUCGUUUUCUCGGUCGCAGAGAAUCACAACGCAACAUGGGAUCGGAAGAGAACGGUGUAGACGGUGAUCAUUCAGAUGUGCCUGACGCAUCUCAAGUGCCAAUUCAGGUGCCAGAGGGCUCUGCUGGAAAAUCCCAAGGCAUCGUCGAUGAAAUCCAGGCUCUGAAAGCGAAACUCUUCCAUCUCGAAAGUCAAAUCCGCAAUGGCGACGCACAAACACCACAAAAACCAUUGCCAUCCAUAUCGCAGGAGACAGCCGACUUCAAGCGGAUGGAGGCGUGUCUGUACCGACACCGGAAAGAAUGGGCGAUGAAGAACUCUAACCUAGGAGAUAUCACCAUGCUCCUCGACCCUCGCCCGUAUUAUCCGGAGCAGGCGCCUGCGACAGGUCCGUGGAGCUACCAUUGGGACAUCUAUGACCAAGAGAGUUACUUUCGACCGGAUCCCUUUGACCCUUCUCACCAAUGCACGAGUUUGGAGCAUGAUGAACGGCCAACUCCGCCGGACGGGUAUGACCGUGCGAUAGACUACGGGCAUCGCAGGGAUCGACUACGCAAGCAUUUCGAGUGGGAAAUGGACCGGCUCUACCUGGUUGAGGAAGUCGAGGCGCGUCGACGAGCCAAGCUUGAGGAGGAAAAGGCGAAACAGGAAAAGGAUCAAGCACCAGGAACAAAAAACACAUCCAACUCCAAAGGCCGAAGGAACGGGAGGACAGGUUCGACGGACCUCAGUCCGGGUUCUCCCAACGGCGAUGUCGACGAGCCCAAGAUCAACAGGCUUGAAUGGUCUGCUUUCAGGCGAUUGACGAAGGAGGCGCCGGAAGAUGCGUGUAUCAUCGAUAUCCUGGUCGGGGACCCGGUUCUCGACGACGCCAUGUCCGAUUUCCCGCUAUGGUUUGGUUCAGCACUUCGAGGCCAGAAGGUCCGCAAACCCCAGGAAACAAGGGGCUUCGAUUCAUUGCCUCCUGGACAGGCGCCGAUGCCCGAACGCAUCCGCAUCAACUCGGAGAUCCUCAUCAGCAUCCUCCUCAAGAUUCUCGGGUCGGACGGCAACGCCCUGGUCGCUAACGAGCCGAUUGUCUUCAUCAGGCCUUUCAAAGCGCUUACGUACUGCCAACAGGCUAUACGAGACUGGUGCAUGGCGCUCGAGAGGAAGUAUGGCUCUGUGUCUACAGCGAUACAGAAGCCUGUCGCUGAAGAAGAUACUUCUCAGAAUAGCACCUCCAAUCCAGAAAGCUUGACUGAUACAACCUUGGAACCUUCGAUUGACAGCCAGGGCACUGCCUCUUCUCUACGCUCUCCCCAGGUUGAUGAUGGCAAUCGUGAUGACCCCAGCGACCAAGUAGCGCAUGUGGAGGAGAAAGAAAAGGUGGAAGAAGAGUUAGAGCUGGAGGACGACGACAACGACUACGACGACGACGACGACGACGACGACGACAUGACCAAAUCGCCCUUGGCACUGAAGCAUCUCCAGUGCCUUGUCAGCUUUCUAGACUCCGAGAUCUCCGCCAAACAGAAACACCUGGCCAGCUCCGAGUGCCGGAAGGUCUUCUUCUCCGACCUCUGGCACCUCUUCCGGCCCGGAGCGGAAGUCAUCGGCCAUGGUGGGAAACAAGCGUAUCGGGUGAUCAAGGUUUCUCUGGCCAAGCAUCGCGUGAUGCCAUCCUGGCAGGCACGAUGGUAUAACAACAACAAAAAGCAGGACACACCCUUCAGCAUCACCUGCGUGCACAUCGACUUCGACGGCAAGUCUCUCGGGCCCGUCCAGACCGUCUUCGAGUUCAAGCGGUUCGAGGGCGAACGGGAGAUCACCUCUCUGGAAGUGUAUCCGUUGCGAUUCCACCCGGUCCGGCGGUCUGACUUCACAGAGGCAGAGUGGACUGAGAUGGAGUCUAUGCCCGCCAGUGAGAGACACCGGAGGAAGCUCAUCCGCCGGGGAGCCAAGUUCCUCGAGGUGGCCGCCAUCAAACACAUGUACUAUGCCGGGCCUACGCUGGUCUUGCGCGACGAGGUGGAGAGCCCCGUGGUGAUCGACUUUGAGACGGCUUUUUCUGUGGAAGACAAGGAGCAGCAGCAAUGGCAGCCUCGCGUGGAGAUGGCGGUGGGCAACAACAACACCUCGACGGAAGAGGAGUACGAGGAGGACCAAACGUGUCACGGAGCCUGCUGCCAGAAUGACAACGUCCAUGACGACAGCUACGUUGAGGAGAAACAGCGCGAGCAGUACAUCGGCGCCUUGUUGCCCAAGGACAAUGCGGUCGAUGAGCAGCCCUCGGUGGCUAUCAUCCCCAGACUGCUCGACGAGCUCAAAAGUGCCCCCGGUGGUACGUCUAUCAUCACCGACGACGAACUGGUCAUCAUGUCUUACCGGGUGUUUGGCUUUGUCCUGCGCAACCGCAAAUGGGCAAACCUCGAUCUGUCCUAUCUGACCGAUAUUCACCCGCCGCAGAACGAAGACAAGAAGGAGACUAAGCCCAAGCCUGUGACGGCCUUCGAUCAGCUCGUUCUAGAGGAUGGACACAAGUCGAUGAUCGUCUCGCUCAUCGCACAGCACUUCCGAGAUAAAAAGAUCACCUCGGAGCAGGGAGAGCAGGUCGAUAUUGUGAAGGGAAAGGGAAAGGGGUUGAUUCUACUUCUUCAUGGGGCUCCUGGAGUGGGCAAGACAUCUACUGCUGAAGGAGCAGCUGAAUUGUUCAAAAAGCCACUGUUUCAAAUCACCUGUGGUGACCUUGGGACCACGGCCAAGGAGGUCGAGAAAGCCCUGGAGACCAACUUUGCCCUUGCGAACAGAUGGGACUGCAUUCUGCUUCUCGAUGAAGCGGAUGUCUUUCUCGCAGAGAGAACCAAGGAGGACUUUAAGCGCAACGGCCUGGUUGCGGUCUUCCUCCGCGUGAUGGAAUACUACGCCGGCAUUCUGUUCCUGACGACGAACCGGGUCGGAGACUUUGACGAGGCCUUCACCUCGCGCAUCCACAUCAGCCUGUACUAUCCCGAGCUGAACCAGAGCAAGACCGUGGACGUGUUCAAGAUCAACAUGGAUAUGAUCGAAGAGCGGUUCAACAGGAGAGGGAGACGGAUCGACAUUGACAAGAUGGGGAUCGGCAACUUUGCCGGCCAACACUUCCUCGAACAUCCCCACGCACGCUGGAACGGCCGUCAGGUCCGCAACGCAUGCCAGACGGCGCUGGCGCUGGCUGAGUUCGAAGCCCAGGGAAACAGCCACCAGGCCAUCCUCAACCCGGACGCCGUGAUCAAGCUCACUGUCGAGCACUUCCAGGUCGUUCAGAACGCUUACUUGGAGUUUACCAAGUAUAUCAACGAGCUGUACGGGACCAGCGCCGCGCGCCGCGCAAAGGAGGCCCGCCGACGAGCGCUCCGGAUGGCUGACGACGAUGACGCCGGCAUGGGAGGAGUUUCGGAUUCGGAUCGAAGGAGGGCCUUUGCCAUGGCCUCUCAAGCCCAGCACCACCGGCAAUUCACCCCUCAACAACAGUACCAUUACCCUCAGGAACAACCCGCCCAGCCGGCGGGCAUGCAUCAAAAAGACCAGCGAUACGCGUCGCCAUAUCUGAGCGGUGCUACUUCCCCACGGCCCGCGUAUCCAGAUCCUCGCAGUCACCUCGGGGUCCCGUCCAGCCAGAAUUGGAAUAUCCCAACCAGAUCGACGCCGGCUACUUUCCAGAUGUCCACAGAGGAGCACCAACAGCAGGACACAUCACCCUUUGCAGCACAGCAUCAACCGUCAACCGUGGCCCAUACCCCGGCCUUCCAGCAUGGAAUCCAAGAGAUAUAUGCAGCAGGCGGCCAACAGAGGACGGGCGUAUCGCCUGUGACGGUUGGCAACCCUGUUUUGGGGCAGUGGUCGGACAGUCAGUCUGGUGCUUUUUGAGAUCUUCCAUAAGUUAAAUCUCAUCGUAACCUAGGACUUGUUCAAGUAAUGGUAAAAAGCAUAAAUUUAUAUUCUAUUAUUUUCUUCUAUUCGGUAUGAAAACCCCCAGUGACGACUGCCCGCGUCUGGAAAUCUUCCAACGAGGGACUCCGUCUGUCAGAAGAGUCGUGCGGAGGACUAGCCCCCUCCUCGCUGAUAUGGAACUGCUUCUGUUCCCAGAUCUGCAACGGUUCAACAGGUGCCAUGUACUCCGUGCUGUCCGUUGCGCUAUGCAGCUGGGACCGAUCCGUGCGUAAUUUCGACAGAGGCAUUGAGAGGCCACCACCACCACCGCCACCACCACCACCG